AGGCUCCGCCAUCUCCCAACCAUUUCCGUUCCAGUCGUCGUUGCCAGGUUCUCGAGUCCUACAAUUCUGUUCUACAGUAGGUUUUCAGCCGGUUUUCAGCAGGUGUUCAGAACACUUCAUAGUUCAGACAAUGGAUCCCCUGGACCUACGCGUCCUGCGUGCGCCGCGCGCCCCAGUGCCUGAAAGGCCGAUGCCGCCGACCCAGCAGCUCAUGCCUCAGGUGUCCUCCAUUGCUCCUACACCGUUGGAUCUAUCAAGACCACCCCCACCCAUCUCUAUUCCUUUUUCAGUUCCACCCCCGUCUUUUUUUUCAAUACCACCACCAGUCCUAUACCCAGUCCAAACUCCAGCCCAUCAGCGUCCACCCCACCUCACCAUACCGCUUUUCCCAUUCCCACCUCCGCCAAUUCACAAUUCACAACCACCCAUUGCUACUGGGGCUACUGGGCUACCGGGCUAUUCCCGUCCCUCAACGAGCUACUAUGGACAUCAGACAAAACCGCAGCCUGGCCCCGCUGCUGUAGAGGAGGUGAAACCUCUGAUGAAGGCUACUGGAGAAAACAUGUGCGGCUGUUCGCAUGUACAGGAGAGGGCUUCACAACAAACUCCCAAACCAUUGCCAGGCGCCACUGGGGCACAUAGAGGAAGUAACAUACCUCUGAUAAUGACCACUGCAGAGAUCGUGGGCAGCUCUUCUGAACAGGAACCUCAACCAGGCCCUGCUUUUUUCGGCUAUUCCUGUCCCUCAACGAGCUACUAUGGACAUCAGACAAAACCGCAGCCUGGCCCCGCUGCUGUAGAGGAGGUGAAACCUCUGAUGAAGGCUACUGGAGAAAACAUGUGCGGCUGUUCGCAUGUACAGGAAAGGGCUUCACAACAAACUCCCAAACCAUUGCCAGGCGCCACUGGGGCACAUAGAGGAAGUAACAUACCUCUGAUAAUGACCACUGCAGAGAACGUGGGCAGCUCUUCUGAACAGGAACCUCAACCAGGCCCUGCUUUUUCAAAGAAGGGAGAGCCGGCGAAACCAGUGAAAAAGUCUGCCAGUAAUGACAGUAGUGCUGUUCCUCCAGUUGCAAUUGCUGGCUGCUCCCGAACACUUCGCAAGAGGAAGGAUACCGGUAAACAGGAUAAGGAAAAUGAAAAAAGAUUUGAUGAAAUUCUGAAUCUCCUUGCGGAUGACGAUGACGAUGACGAUGCGGAGGAAGAGGUGACCAAAGGAGACAAAGAAAGCAAAGCCCCCAAGAAAGGGGCACAACCCAAGAAGGGCAAAAAAGUAGAGACCAAAGCUCCGAAACAGAAGAAGCUUAAACUUUCGAAAUUGCUACCUGAAAAUGAGUCUGAUCAAGAUGAUCCAGAACCCGCUGAGGAUGAUGACGACUUUGAGCCUCGCAAGAAAGCGAAGAAAGAGGUGCCUGCUGCCAUCAAAUUCUUGGACAGGAAAGAAGAUGUUGAAACAAUCUGCCUGAGCGAGGAAAGCGAGAGUGAUGAUGGUGAAACCAUAACUGACACUGUCGCCAACUUGCUUUAUGAAAGUGACGGUAUGGAUGGUGUGACUAGGCAAUGCAUCAUCGCCUAUUUCCGGUGUUAUGAACCAGAACACAAAAGCAUUAGGAGGAAGAAACUCCCACCAUUGCCACCAGUAACAGAAGAGGAUGAAUUGCUGAGGUUAAUCAACACACUACAAGAACCAAUAAAAAAGAAAAUUCUGAAUCUCCUGAAAGAGGCUAAGUUAAAACUAAACAACUGAUUUAAAAGUGUUGCGAGGUAAGAGUUUCAACCUUUAAGUGUAGGCUAUGUCAACAUCUUGACUUAUUUGUUUACUUCUCAUCUAACUUUGUGGUGCUGCUAUGCUCUCCGCAUUUCUCUAAUUUUGUGACACUGUCCUAAGAACUUUGGUGUUUUAAA